AUGGAAAUGAAGCAAGAAUUCAGGGUGCAGAGAGAGAGAGUCACCACCAUGGAUCCAAUGAUGUCCCAGGGAUCCAUCAUUGUUGGUGGGAUUCCUUCAGGGUUCAUAGUCGUGAGCUCUUCAACUGCAUGUGUCUGCACCAAUUCUUGGGAUAAUGGUCAGCAAUUCCUCACACCAAUCCUCAAGAAUUCAUUUGAUGGCAAGGAUUUGGGCAGACCAUUCCAGAGCAGCAUUUCAUCAUGUGCACCAAGUGUUCCUUACCGGACAACCAAAAGUGUAGAUUCAAGUGAUGAAAGCUUUUCUGAAUCUGAUGAUGACAGCUGUCUGUGGAAACGAAAACGACAGAAAUGUUUCAACUUCCCUCCUGCUAAAUCUGAGCCUUUUCAGUUUAGCCAGAGCCACCAAAAACAAACUGCUCUAGGUGGCAAGAAGGUCAACAACAUUUGGGGUAUGGUGCUCCAGGAGCAGAAUCAGGAUGCAGUGGCUAAUGAACUUGGGAUUCUAGGCAUGGAUGGUAGUAUUGACAGAAGCAGGCAGUCUGAGACUUACAAUUACUUACUGGCUAAAAAGCUGAUGAAGGAAGCUCAGCAAAAGGAGGCAGAGACUUUAGAUAAAGAACUGGAUGAAUACAUGCAUGAUGACAAGAAAACAUUGCCGGCAGAAGAAGAAAAUGGGCAAAGCUUUGUUAGACGGAAGCGGCCUAUGAAAGAUAGACUAGGUGAAAGACAAGAAAUGAAAUACAAAGGAAGGUAUGAGAUAACAGAAGAAGAUUCAGAGGAAAAAGUGGCAGAUGAAAUUGCUUAUCGCCUUUGUGAGCCAAAGAAAGAUUUAAUUGCCCGGGUGGUGAAAAUAAUUGGGAAGAGGAAAGCUAUUGAACUGCUUAUGGAAACAGCUGAAGUGGAACAAAAUGGUGGACUGUUCAUAGUGAAUGGCACUCGGAGAAGAACACCAGGGGGCGUUUAUUUAAACCUGCUGAAGAACACACCUAGUAUCAAAGAAGAACAAAUCAAGGAAAUAUUCUACCUGGAGAACCAAAAGGAGUAUGAAAACAAAAAAGCUGCUAAGAAGAGGAGAAUACAAGUUCUAGGAAAGAAGAUGAAAAAAGCCAUAAGAGGGCUUAACCUGCAAGAGUAUGAUGAUGCAUCUCGUGAGACUUUUGCUAGUGAUACAAAUGAAGCUCUGGCUUCCUUGGAUGAUCUACAGGAGGGGCAUCAUGAAGCAAAGAUGGACCCUGAAGAUAUUAUUGAAAUCGAUAAUGCUCAUGAUCUGGAGAUCUUCUAGUUACUAAUAUUCUUGAUAACAAAGUCUCUGUAAAACAUGUUAAAUUAGCUGGUUUAUAAUCCCAUGGCUUCUUUUCAUAACCUGCAAAAACAUGGGAAAUAAUAGAU